AUGAGAUUGGAGAAUUGCACGUCAGGAUCAGAGGCUGAAGAUACUAAGAACUUUGCAGAAUGGAUACUUAAUGUAGGGGAUGGUAUUGUUGGUGACACUUUUGAUGAUGGAGAAGCUGAAGUGAAAUUAUCAGAUGAUAUUCUUAUACGAAAAACAGCUAAUCCUAUUGAAUCUAUAGUGAGAAGUACAUAUACAGAUGUUUUGAAUACAGAGUCUGAUACAGAAAAAUUUAAAGACAAAGCUAUUUUGGCGCCCACGAGUGAAAUGUUGGAUACGAUCAAUGAUUGCGCCAUGUCUUUAAUGCCGGCCGAAGAAAAAGUAUACCUUAGUUCAGAUAACAUUUGCAAAGUAGAAGCAGAAGUGGAUGUCGAUGAUGAAAUUGAAAGAGGCUAUGUGUGGAUUUGCAAUUCAGGAUUUAGAAACUUCCUCUUCAAGACAAAGCUUAUGAAGGUUAUUGUAGAUUCAAGGUUUCAAGUGGGGAAUUGGAAAUGA